AUGGCCCCACCCCACCCUCGUCGCCCCAUAGCCAAAGACCGUUUCGCCGCCCUCUUCCCGACCCUCAAAGUCCAAACAUACCAAGACCCUACCUCUCGAGGCCCAGGCUCCCCACACGUACAUCGCACGCUGCGUAUAUGGAAUCCUGAGAAGCCGCAGGUGAAGAAUAGUACGGAGUUCUGGGAUGUGAGGAGUAAGACGUGCACGGCGACUGUGCAGCUAGGAGGGGAGGGAUUGACGAUCGCAUGGGCGGCGGAUGGGAGCGUGGUUAUGGUUGGGCGAAAGGACGAUACCCUCAUCCCCAUCACCAUCCACCCGACCCCAACCGCCCAACCCUCUCACGCCCCAGCGCUCCAAACAAACCAAUGCACCUUCAACCACACCUCCCCACCAACCCACCUCCUCCUCACCCGCGGCGACGGCUCCGUAACCAUAUCCUCCUACCCCACCCUCCAAACCCUCCACACGUUGCACGCCCACACCUCCUCCUGCCUCUCCCUCGCCCUCUCCCCCACCUCCCGCUACUUGGCAAUCGGCGGCUCGGACGCGCUGAUAUCCCUCUACGAUACGACAGACUGGGUCUGCAAGCGCACGCUGACGAAUCUGACCGGAGCGGUCAAGAGCGUGGGGUUUAGUUUCGAUGGGAGUUUUGUGGUGGGAGGGAGUGACGAGGGGAAUGUGCUCGAGGUGGCGCAUACCGAGUCGGGCGAGUAUGUGGGGAAGGUGGACAUUGGGGCGAGCGGUGGGUGUGGGGUUGUCGCGUGGCAUCCCGGGAGGUAUUGGAUCGCUUGGGCAGGGGAAGGGGGUGGGUUGAAGAUUUUGGGGGCUGCUGGGGGACAGCUGUGA